AUGUUUCGACAUUCAUUAUCUUGGGUAACGGCUGCAAGAUCAGGUUCAAGGCCCAUCCUUUCAUCUACCAUUUACAGACCUGUAGUUCUAAGACGAUGUUAUUCGAAUUACUUUCAUAUUAAGUCAUGGAAGCCGAACGUGAAUCCUAAAAGAGAUGUCUUCGCUUUCACAGGAGGGCUACGACACUAUUCAGAGAGCAAUGAAAAGGGCAAAGAAUCGGAAAUCCAGCAACCUGCUAGGAAACAUACGAAGCAGCAACAACCAACAUUUAGAUUCAUCACCGAACGCGAUAGAUUACUUGCACAGGCAACAAAUAUACUCCAGCGCUUAAAAAUUAACCUCAAAUGGACUUUGACCAGAUCGAUGAGGCCGUUCAAUACAGAUGAUAUUAGUGCAUUUGUUAGUUGGGUUCUUGUUAGUAAUAUGCUUCUCAUAUUUCUAUUCACCACCUCAUUUCUAUCAUUGGCCAUCUACUUGAUGAAUACGGUAUUUGCACAAGAGUAUUUGGCUACUAAAGUCGGUAAUUUUCUAACAAAGAACAGUGCUUUAUCGGUAGUGUUUGAAAGUGCAAUUGUUCCUGACUGGUCUUCAGGAAAAAUUUCAUUCAAUAGAGUGUUCGUAUCUAGAAGACCUAAGCUUCCCCAUGGGUUCAGCAAAGGUUCUCAACAUGAAGCUGUUGAGAGGGCAAAAUUAGCAUUAAGUGAGCGAUUAUUGGUGAGUAGAGAGGAUUUUGAUGAUGGUAACUACACACAAUUCGAUUUGACAAUGGAUCAAGUCGAGAUUUCGGUUUCCUUAAGUAAAUGGAUAAACGGGAAAGGAUUUCUAGAUGAAGUCACUAUUAAUGGGCUACGUGGUGUUGUUGACAGAACUCACGUUUUUUGGAAAGAAAAUGAUGACGCUAGGAACUAUUUAAACGUUCAUCAACCUGGUGAUUUCGAAAUCUCAAAGUUUGUCAUGAACGAUGUUUUGUUCACAUUAUACCAGCCAGGCGGGUUUAGGCCAUUUCUGGUCAGUGUAUUCAACUGUGAGCUCCCUCAAUUGAGGAAACAUUGGCUUUUCUUUGAUUUCUUAAACGCUGAUAAUAUCAGUGGCGCUUAUGACAAUUCAAUGUUCACCAUUCACAAAAAAUUCAAACAACGUGAUACUGAUGAGGAGUCCUCCAGUUCAUCACCUUGGCACAAAGUCACAAGGAUGAGAGUUGAUAAUCUUAAUAUUGAUCAUUUGAAUGCUGGCAUUGAGGGUCCUUUCGGAUGGAUUACUAGCGGUCACGUUGAUAUGAUCGGUGAUUUGUUGCUACCAGAAAAUGAUAUUGACCCAUCGCAACUUUCUGAAAUAUUGACAGUGGUUAGGGACCGUAUUGUGAAAGAAACUCGCCGUCACUCUGGGUUCAUUCCAGGGAAUUUCGAAGAGCAAAAGGAUAUUGAUGUGAAGCAAUAUUUCAUAAUGGAUUUUUUGCUACGUUUACAUAAUGUCAAGGCAGAAGUUCCGCUAUUCACUCCUGGCUUGUCGUACAUCAAUAAUGCUUUGAUUAGACCUAUCGUCGGAUAUAUCAACUCAAGGAGGACAUAUAUUCCGAUCAGAUGUCGCGUAGUCAAGAAUCUAAAUGAUUUUGCAGGAUCGUGGACCAUAUAUGACAGCAGAUUAAUGGACGAUUUAAGUGCAGAAGUUUAUGAUGCAUUUGCAAACUACGUAGCAGAUGAUGAAAGAAUCAACUUGAGGAUGAAACGUGUUGGGUUCUGGUCCCUACAACUGAUAAUUCAGGUGAUAUUAAUGAGUUUGGGAGCCAUUGCAUAG